UGUACAGCAGUGUGUUCGCGCAGAUUUGCAGUGGCAGCGGGAGCACCUGAAGCAAAGUUAAAUAAUUUCUAAAUAUUUAUAGAAAACGCAAAAAUAAAAAAAUGAUUCUCUAUCAUUUUGCAUAACAAAACCCACAACGUUCGCAGCCCCUGGGCAGAAUUAAUAACAAGAGUGAAAUAGAAUAUAAAAAAAAGAAGGAAAACGAAAACCACACACACAAAUACAGACUAACAUAAGUGUACGCAGCCAGCAGAAGCAGCAGCAGACGGACGCCUACGUCAAUAAGCCAAACGACGGUGAUGCCAAAUGAUGUUGCGAAUGCUGCGAGCGCCAUUGUUGCACAACAAUAACAAUAAUUGCAACAAGAACAGCAAUUGCGACAACAACUAUUGUAUUAGCGAGAGCAAUAAGCCGACCAACACUAGCCAAUAUUAGGAACAAACGCAACGAGACGCCAGCAACAAAAAGAAGCCACACACAUGUUGCUGCUACAAUUGGAACGACCACAACGAGGAGAGCAACAGCAACUACGAUGCUCAGCGCUGCUAAUGGAACAGCAGCAACAGCAACACACACCGGAGCAGCAGCAGCAGCAGUUGCCGCUGGCGAAACUUAUGUCAUAACAAAUAAACACCUCCAUCAGCAGCAGCAGCAACAUUUCGUUGUUGCCGCCAAUACAAUGGUUAUACCAACGACUGCAGCCGCCGGUAUACCAACAGCAACAACAACAACAGCAGCAACAACUACAGCAGCAACAGUUGAUACACAGCAGCAGCAGCCGCAGCAGCCUCAGCAACAGCAGCAGCAACAUGUGUUGUUCCAGCCACAGUUACAGCUGCAGACAGCAGCAGCAGCAACACCUCAGCAGCCCACACAGCCGCGCCAACAUCCCAAGAAGCGCAAAUUUGAUCCAGCUGAGCUGGACAAAGAUGAGCAACACCAACAGCAGCAGCAGCAGCAACAACAGCAGCAACAGCAGCAACAGCAACAACAGCAGCAGCAACAGCAACAGCAUACGUUGUACAAGCAACAGAAACCCGCCGAGACGAAUGGCAACAGCGAUGCGCUGUCCAAUGGCAAUAUUGCUGCCGUGCAGCAAAAUACGUUAGCUUUGCGCAAUAUGAUUGUCAGUCCACCGUCAGCAAUGAAUUGUGGAGGUGCUGGUACAGGUGCAGGCGCCGGCAACAGCAAUGAGAUCAGACAGCAGCAACAACAACAGCAGCAGCAGCAGCAGCAACGUAUUAUAAUCGCCUCACCGCUGCAACAUGCGCCCAGUACUUACAAGCAACAUGUUGUCGGUAGCAACAGCAACAGCAGCGGCAGCAGCAAUAGUCAUGCAGCAAUCAACCAUUCGCGCACACACACGCCCGUCUACUAUCAACAGCACCACCAACAGGGGCAACAUCGUUUUAGCUUUAACUCACACAAUCAGCAACAUGUACAGGAACAGCAGCAGCAGCAGCAACAACAGCAGCAGCAGCAACAGCAACAACACGAACCUGUUGCUCUACUUGAUCUCAGCGAAUGGACUAAUACGCGUGUCCUGGCCAAAGUUGGUAAGUGCUAUGCACCUGGCAAAAUACAGCAAGUGCACGAGGGCACAGCCACGCCCACGACAACGCCCCCCUCAAUACUCGUGAAAUUCGAUGCCUCCGAAUUUGGUCAGCAACUGUAUCAGGAUGUGCUGCAGCAGGGACGCUACAAUGUGAUACUAGACGCCAGCCCACCCAUGGCAGAUAUCACGCUGGACGCCCGGGUCUGUGUGCGCCAAAGUCUCGAGGGACGCACCGUCGACUUCGUCUAUGUGGAGGGCAUCAUUAUGGAUAUCAACCAGGGAACCAAGCAAUAUACCGUGCAAUUGAUCAAUGAGGAAUUGCCCAAUACGAGAGUUGUGCGUCGAGCUGAUUUGCGCCUGCUGCUGCCGCCCUGGUGGGAUGAGCUGAACGAGCUGGCGCCAGCGGCAACGCCGAGUGUGAGCGGUAAACGCAAAUCGGAGCCGGCCACCGGCGGCGUCUAUUCCAAGGCCUUUGUGGCAACACGCUACGAUGGCAAGCUGCCCACGAGCACGCCCCCAGCUGGUCAUGGAGGACUGCAGAAACAUGAGUAUUAUCGAGCGGCUGCAACGUCGCCGUUCCAGGGCGGCGCAGUGCCACCGCCGCCGCUGCCUCUGAGCCAUGUGGAGCACCAGCAGGCCAAUGGACUGCCCGACAUUGUGAUCUCGCCGGGCAGCAAUGGACAGCAGCAGCAGCACCACCACCACCAACAACUGAAAAUGCAUGUGCCAUCGCCAGCGCAACAGCAGCAGCAGCAGCAACAACAACAACAGCAGCAGCAGCGCGGCUACGACGACUACGACUCCGAUGACGAGCUGAAGCGCGUCGGCAUCGACUACUCCCCGGCUGCCGGGGACGUGGAUGCCGAGAAGAUGAGCGCUUGCAGCAAGCGCAGCAGCAUGCAGAGUCGAGGCAGCACAUCCAGCUUAAUCGAUCAGAGGCUGACACCACGAUCUCAUCCAGCAACACCAAGAUCUCAGGCAACGACGCCGCAUCGCUUCAAGAAGGGCGACAUUGUGGAAUCGGAAUCCGGAGUGCGCAAGAAGUACAAUGGCAAGCAAUGGCGACGUCUCUGCACGCUGUGCAUGAAAGAAUCUCAGCGGCGCGGCUUUUGUUCCAGACAUUUGAAUCAGAAGGGCAACAAUGCGCUGCCCUCAUCAACGGGGCCGGGUCGUUUUCUCAGUGAUAGCCGUUCGAGCAGCAAAACCCAAAACGAUGAGGACAACUCUCGCGAUUCGGAAACAUCGCCCAACUAUCGGGUCACGGGUCGGUAUGAUCAGGAAGAGACCGAUGUGGCCGCCAUGUUAGUGUCACUGAGCAGCUCGCGCUCUGCAACGCCAUCGUAUACAUCACCCGUGAAUCAUGCCGGCGCCUCGCCGCUGAACGCCAUCGCCCACUCCCCGGUCAACGUGUCUAAUCAUAGGCAAAAUUUCUUUACGCCCAUUGCGAAUCAGUCGCAACAGCAACAACAGCAACAGCAUGUGACAGCAGUUGCUGCUGUGCCGCUGGAUAGCAAAUGGAAGACAACACCCAGUCCGGUAUUGUACAACGCAAACAACAACAACAACAACAAUGGCUGGGAGAGCAGUCAACAACCGCCACCGCCACCGCCACAAACGGCGGCCGUUUCGCUGGUAAUGCAUGCACCGCCGCCACAGCAACAACAGCAACAACAACAACCACCUGCCGCUCAUCUCAAUGCGCUGCCAGCGCCACCAGCGCCGCCCAGCAGCAGUCUCGGUCAUGCGACCAGCGUCAUACGCAUCUCCAGCAGCCAGCAACAACAACAACAACAACAACAACAGCAGCAGCAACAACAACAACAUGUUGUAGUAUCCACAGCCGGCCAUCAAACGUUUCAUCCUGUCAUUGUGAAUGCUGCCCAACAGUCGCACAUUCAUUCGCAGAAUUCAUUGGCUGUUUCCGUUGGGCAGCAGCAACAACCGAUACAGCAUCAGCAGCAGCAGCAACAGCAACAGCAACAGCAACCACCGCCGCCGCUGCCACCCACAUCGGUCGCAUUUCAUUCACAUCCGCCAACCACGCCCACAUCCGUAGCAGUGGCUGGGACGACGGCACAGGACAAGUCAUUGCCAAAAAACGGCUACAAUGCGGCUAGCUGUCCAUGGCAAAAGCUACUGCCGCAGAUGCCAGCCGUGACCAAAGCAACUCCGUCGACUGCCGUGACAACGACAACUACAAACAGCAACUACAGCGUGGCCAUGCUGCACCAUCAACAGCAACAGCAGCAGCAGCAACAACAACAGCAACAGCAGCAGCAGCAUCCUCAGCAGUUGUCGUCGACCACAUCAUCAACACAGCAACAGCAACACUCGCCACUUAAUCACAACAACAAUCAUUUGGUUGUGCCCGCGCCGCUGUCGUCGCCUGGCAAGCCACUCAACUGCUCCAUCAACGAUGCCAAGGUGGCCGCAGCGGCAGCGGCGGCUGCAGCAGCAGCAGCAGCAACCGCUUCGACCAGUGCAACGGACGAGGCUGAGGAGCCCGAUGAGCAGCUGGACGACGAUGUGUUCGAGAGCACGCCCUCUGCGCCAGCUAUUUCGAAUGGCAAGAAGGGAGCGACGGCAACGAUGCGACUGCCCACAUACAACAGCAACAUACGCAAAUUGGAGGAAUGCCAUGAUUCCAGCGAUGGUGCUGGCGGUGCGCCGGCGACGUCGGCGGCCAAGCGACGUAGUCAGUCGCUCAGUGCGCUGCAGCAGCAGCAGCAGCAGCAACAGCAACAGCAGCAGCAACAGCAACCUCAGCAGUCCACGGCAGCGGCUGGCAAGAAGAUACGUCGACCGAUGAACGCCUUUAUGAUUUUCUCGAAGAAGCAUCGCAAGGUGGUGCACAAGAAGCAUCCCAACCAGGACAAUCGAACGGUUAGCAAAAUACUGGGCGAAUGGUGGUACGCACUGAAGCCGGACGAGAAGGCCCAAUAUCAUGAGCUGGCCAAAGCGAUGAAGGAUGAGCAUUUCCAGCAGCAUCCGGACUGGAAAUGGUGCUCCAAGGAUCGCCGCAAGUCCUCAACAUCGGGUGGCAAGGGCAACGCCGCUGCCGCGGGCAAUGCCAGCACAGCCGAUAGCAAGCAGCGUCUCGUCUCGGUGGAUGGCUCCGAUUCGCUGGAUGAUAUGUGCCCCUCCACGCCCGGUGGCAGCGGCAGUGGCGGCGCCCACGCUACGGAGCUGCAGGGCGACAUCAUCCCACUGACCAUCGAUACGUAUAACAUUGCGUGCGACGAGACGCCCACGACCAUUGCUGGCCAGGCACAGGGCAACUGCAAGGCCAAGCAGCUGAAGAACGAGCUGCAGUCCGACGAGGACGAGCAAAUGGUCGUUGUUGAGGACGAGCAGCCGGCUAAGAAAUUGGAUCUGCAGUGCCUCGAGCGAGUCAACGACUUGGACAUGGACGACACGCCCUACGACUAUCGCAAGCAACAGCAACAACAGCACCAAACGGAUGCGGAACAGCGCACUCAGGAAGACCAUGCAAACCUCUGCAAUGGCCAGACAAUGUCCGCUCCGUCGUCUAGCGCAGAGCGCGAGAUCACAUUGAAGCCGAAGGCCAUCAAGGCGCAUCCGGGACUGGAGAGCACCAUGCUGCCGUAUCCGCAGAUGCCCAUGUACACGCACUACACUAGUCCCAAGAAUCCAAUCGGUGUAACACCAUUCCAACCCACAGGCGGCGCCUUCAAAUCGAUGCCCAUCAGUCCCAAGGGCAGCAGCUCUUCCGGCUGCAAAUCGGAUGAGCAGCAGCUGCAGGCGCACAUUAAGCAGGAGGACAUCAAGCAGGAGCCGCCAUCGCCAUACAAGCUGAAUGGGGGCGGCGCUGGCGCGCCCACUGGGGGCGUGAUUAGCGCACCGCCGCCCAGCAGCGCCAUCUUCAAUUUCAAUGUGCCAAUAGCGACGGCCCUCAGCCAGAAGCAAUACCAUUAUCCCUUGCCGCACACUCUGUGCAGUCCCACAGACGUGAGAGCCCAUCAGGCCUGUGUGCCCAACUCGCCGGCGGCCGUCAGCCUGGGGCAUGCCGCCAGCAUUGCCACGCCGCCCGCCUCGGCGCCAGCGCAAAUUCUUGGCUCUGGCGGCCCGGCGCCACCUCAGAAAAUGUUCUUCACCAUGGGCCAUCCGUAUCCAUUGCUGCCGCCGCCGCACCAGCAGGGCUCGACCGGUCUGGAGCACCUGCAGCUGGAGGCAUUUGCACCUGGCUACCUCUUCAAGAAGCACAACAGCGGCCUGGGAGUGCAGGGUGCGCCGCCACUGCCAUCGGUCGUGGCACAGACGACGCUGCGCCUGCACGGCUACCCGGCCAGUGGCCACGGCCAGGAGCAGCAGCCGGCUAGCUCGCCCUCGUUCAAGUCGAUGCCCUCGACGCCCAAAUCGGCGACAUAUCAUCACAGUGCCCAGCCGGACUCGUCGGGCAAGCGCAGCGGCAGCAGUGAGGCUGCCGAAGACGCCGACGUGGAUGUCGAGGUGGACACCGAUGGCCAGCAGCAAUUCGUGCUGGCGCCGACGCCAGCGCAGCUGGGAUGUGCUCCGCUGCAGCGGCGCAAGAACUUAUCUCAAAGCAAGUCGGAUAACGUGGUCAGCAGCACGGGCGGCUAUGGAGGCGUCAGCAAUGGCCAGCACAUUGGACGCAAGCUGCACUCGCCCACAAUGAUGGAGGUGAACAGCAGCAGCCUCAGCUCCGCCCUGCCCACGCCCACCUCAUCGACGACAACGCCCAACAGCGACGAGCAGCAGCCGCUGUCGCCCCCGGUCCACGGCAACAAUGUGAGCAGUCAGGCUGCCAAGUCGCCCAUUAGGAGCGUGCCGGCCUCUGCACCCGCCGUGGUGUCGCGCAAGAAGAAGAGCGAUGAAGUUAACAAUGUGCUGCUGGACUUUGAGAAGAAGUACAAGGCGCUGCCGCAGUUCAAGCCGGAGGACUGCCAAUCGCCCAGCGCCAUUGCUGUGCCGUCGCCGCCGCGUGUCUACGGCACGAACUAUCGCAAAAAGAAUGCCGUGCAGGCACCGGUGCAGAAACUAACUGGCGAGGAUGAUUCGAUUGAUGAGCCUGCAUCGGCGCCGCCGACAACCACACAGCGUUUCUUUGGCGCCGACUUCAACAAUGAUCUGAGAGAACUGGAGACCGGCGAUCAAGCGGGCCGUUCGCCGCGCACACCCAAAACGCCGUUGCAGAGCGCACGCUCCGAUGUCAGCGAAAAGGGACACCGCAAGGUCCUCGAAACGCGUCGCAAUCUGGUCAUGCAGCUGUUCAACGAGCACGGCGUCUUCCCAUCCGCUCAGGCAACCAUUGCUUUUCAGACCAAACACAUUGAUGUGUUCCCACGCAAGCAGGACCUGCAGCUAAAGAUACGCGAGGUGCGCCAGAAGAACAUGGGCCAUCCGCCCAGGACGCCGCACUCGGCCGGUCCCAACACGCCAUCCGACAACAAUCCCUCAUCAGCCACGCUGAGCGCCAAUCUGAACAGCCAAACAAACGUUGGAGGGUCUGCAGAUGUUUUUUCGUAUUAUUAUGCGACAGGUAUGCACCAGCCACACUAAUAGAAACAACAAAGGCAACAUCAACAGCAACAACGACGCUCGGAGCAACAACUACAACAACAACAAUAGAAAAAAAAACCACAGCCAUAAACUUGUCUGCAACACAGGAAGCGUUUAAAGGAGCUCAAAAAAAAAAAAUUAGCAGGAUAACAGGAUCUGAGUGGAACGAGCUGCGAGUGACAAAUUACUAAAAAAAAAUAAACGAAAUAGGAAUAACAAAAUUUAUAAUUGCAGCAGCGCACA